AUGACUGACUCUGUGAGCAACAGGCGAAAGAAAACCCGAUGCCCUGCCGAGAAGCCGGCCUGUUCGAGCUGUGUUCGCCUCAAGCAGCCCUGCUCUUAUCCGCCGGUAGUGAAGGCCUCUCGAAGUGGCCGAUCGGAGGAGAGAUUGGCACACCUGGAAGAGAAAUUAGAUCUCCUCUUAACCGGGAGGUUGCCAAGCCAGUCUUCUAGCCAAGAACAAGCCUCCGACGAUGUUUCCAACUUUUCCGAAAAGUCACAUUCAGCAACCCCGCCAGCCCGCGAGAACCAGAAUGCGUUUCCCUUUAGCAGCCAGCAGCCUUUGCCAAACCCGUUCGCAAACGAGGUAUCGCAACUCCGGCCCGGCCAUUCCGACAUUGCUCUAGGAAUCCGACUCUACUUCGAGUUUUGCCAUCGACAGCCUAUUUGGUGCUUUGAGCGAGAUGAGGUCAGAGACAUCAGUUCCCUUACUGACGAGCUAGCUUGCAGCAUCUUGGCUGUGACUUCUCGCUUUUCUCGAAAGGGUGACGAGUUGCAGGUCUAUGGCGAUAAUGCGAGAAGUAUGAUCAUGAUACGCAUAGCAAAUGGCUCCGUUGGCCUGCCUACAAUAGAGAGUCUUUGCCUUCUCUCAUAUUCAUCAUUCAUAGAUGGAAAUGUGCACCUGGGUCAGUUUCACCUGGGGUUAGCCCUUCAGCUUUGCCGCUCUGCCAUGCUGGAUAUUGACGCCGGUUAUACCAUGGAUGAUAUUACGUCACAGCGCAAAAAGAGAGUCUUUUGGAGUCUGCAGGUCCUGGACCAAUAUCAUGGUCGCCAGACCGGAGUGCUCAGUGCUCCAACAGAAAUAUGGCGGCAAUCAUAUGGCUCCAACAGUGCUGACCACCGGCAUCCCAUGGAGCCAGACCCAAAAGUCCCCCCUCUACCCAUCGACGACCUUGGUCAUACAAUACCGAGUGAACCCGGAAUUUGGAACACUAGCGUUCAUUUGGGAUGGGUGUGGAGUCGGGUGCGCAAAUACGUAUCCGACUGUGCUCAAGGUAUAUUUCGAGAACCUUGGAGAAGGGACUCCAUGUAUGCUACCGUGUUAUCCGAUUUCAUGGAGGCCGAGAACAGAAUUCCUAUGUGUCAUAGGUAUGACUCUGUCAAAUUUUAUGAGCGAAAGAUGGAGGAUCUAAAGAUGAACCGCGACUACUGGGCAACGUGGCUCAAGGAACAAUUCACAUACCAUGCCAUUCCCACGGUUCUCAAUCAUCCAUUUCUCUACAUCGUCGGAGCACAACACAAUCCAAACCUGGCUAUUCCCAAUACAUUCUGGAGGAGAUCUUCGGAGCUGGCUCUCAUUCACUCUACCUGGAUUGUCCGCAUGAUCGAUAUGGUGUUGGAUAAGCAGGUACAUCUGACUGAUCCAUUUUUUGGGCAUAUCGCAGCCAUUGCAGCCACAGUGCACCUUUACUACUGUUGCGCAGCCGCUGCCAAGUUAAAACACAAAUCCAACGCAGAUUUCGCAAAGUGUAGGAGGUUUUUGAAAGGUUUCAUUCCCUUUUCCCCGGCUUGUCGGGCAUUGGACCGGAAUCUAGAUAAAAUGACUCGGAUAGCCGCUGGCUCCGAAUCAAAUGAUGUAGAAGAUUGGAUGCCAUCCAGGAUUUACCUCAGUGUACCCUUAAUGUGGAAUAUUUUGCAAUUUAAUUGUACGGCUGACUCGCGCGAGUUUUCGCAUACUGGAUUGUUGGACCCAUCUCUAGCUCUUACUGUCGCUCGCGAAGAUGAAGAUGAGGCCACUACACUCGAUAUCAUCGUGGCAACGUCGCCUGAAAUCACAGUCAAUACAGCUGACGGUGGUCAAGACGCGCCAACACUGCCCUUCAAGGGGACCGUCAAUUCGUCGCCAAGCUCUACAAGGGAAACCGUCUUUAAUGAACUAUCAGCCGAGCAGGCCGAUAGCCUUACUUUCAACACGACUCCAUGGUUAUAUGCGGAUCCUUCUCAAUUUGAUAGUAUGACAGACCUUGUAUAUCAUGACCCUCGGCCAAGUAUUGGCAGCAGUCGGGAUACGCGCUGGUGGGAAGGAGGGAAUAUGAACGACAGUAUCUUUAGUCACAUUUAA